AUGUCCACAGAUUUCCAUCAGAAGUGGAAUAAAGUGCUUUGCAAGGCGGAACGAGAAUUAGUGACAUUGCUAUAUGAUGAAUCACAGAAAGUUGUCUGCUCGCUGAGAUUGGAAUUAGAUGCGAUUUUGAGACGAGAACACCCUGGAGAAAGCGAACGUGAGGAUUUUAAACGGAAAAUUAUCGAACGGAACUUGUUUUAUAAGAACAGACUUGAAACCAGACGAAGAAAGAAAUGGCGUAAGUUUAUGGAUCACCGACGGCAAACAAGACAAGGCGACAAUAAAAUGCGGUGGGAAAAUAUCACAGACAAUCGAAAGCAUCGGAAACGAAGACCUAACACACUAAAAGUUAGCAAGAACAACCGAAACGAAGUACAGUCAAGUGGAUAUACAGAUAGGGCUAACGACCCAGAGAGUGGAGCUCCGAGUAACACCUCGAAUGAGACUGGCUGUGUUGUGGAAUUACAUGCAGAAAUAGUCUUGAAUCCAACGAUGAGGAAAACCACUGAAGCAUCGAAACUAGUAAGAGGUAUGAUAGAACAUUCCACUGGGACUUCCAAACACAAUGAACCACCUAUAAUAACUUUAAGUACAGCAGGUCUUAUCAAUACAUCAGGUAAUAGGACAGAACAUAAUAAUGAGUUUACUGUAGGUCAAUUGAAUAUUAACUCGGGGUUAAGUAGUGUGGGUGGGAUACGCGUGAGUGAGAACGGACGUCUAAAAGGUUACUUUUGUUCUGAAAACGUUUUCAAUUUGAGCCACAAAAUCUUAAGUGAUGUCGAAAUCAACAUACUGGGUAAAGGAUUAGAAUUUGUACCCACUUCAUUUAAAGUGAAUGAAAUGGAUUUGAGAGAGGAUUUCCAAGAGUUUAGUCGUAGAAUGAGGUGUAAGUGGCAUUUUAAAGAUAAUGUAACGCCGGACUUUAGCGAAAUUCCAGCUUUUCGCCCUAAAUCGACCUGGACGCCACCAGAGGGCUGUCCAGCGUUAGAAUUAUUUCUUAGUCAAAUUGAAAAAGAAUUACUUUAUGUUCCCCUAAAAACUUUAUGGAAGCAUAAUUUAAACAAAGACGAGUGGCAAAUAUUGAAAACGUUGAUAGAGGACAAUAGUGUCAUUAUUAAACCGGCGGACAAGGGAUCGUGUGUGGUUGUCUGGGAUCGAGACGAUUAUUUAGCGGAAGGAUAUUUACAACUCGGAAAUGAUAAAGUUUAUACUAAGGUUGAGAAUUUUGCGGAUGAAAAAUUGGGUAAUUUAGUGGGAGAAAGUAAUAAAAUGUUUCAAGAUUUAUAUGAUCAGGGUAGUAUUUCUAAAGAUGAACUUAAGUAUUUAUCAUACGAAUAUAAAAACUCGGGUUCAUUAGGUCGGUUAUAUCUUUUACCCAAAAUUCACAAGAGACUUAGUAAUGUACCAGGACGUCCCGUGAUCUCUAAUUGUGGAACUUCCACCGAGAAAGCUUCAGAAUUUUUAGAUCAUCAUCUGAAGCCCAUUAUGAAAGCUGGUAAGUCCUACAUUAGAGAUACAGGACAUUUCCUGGAUAAACUUAAAGAAAUUGGAAAGAUACCCGAAAAUGCUUUAUUAGUUACCGCUGAUGUUACGAGUCUUUACCCCAGCAUCCCACACGAUGAUGGUCUACGCGCCCUACAUGCCAAAUUAGAGGAACGUAAGGAUAAGAAAGUGCCGUCAGAAAAUCUGACUAAAAUGGCGGAGUUUGUUUUAAAAAACAACUAUUUCGAGUUUGACGGUGAUAUUUAUUGUCAAAAUUCCGGUACGGCUAUGGGAACUAAAUUCGCUCCAAGAUAUGCACGUAUUUUCAUGGAUAUGGUUGAGACUGAAUUUUUAAAACAACAGAGUGUGAAGCCUUGGAUUUGGUUACGCUACAUAGAUGACGUAUUUUUUGUCUGGUUAGAAGGAGAGGACAAACUCCUGCAAUUUAUGUCGAGACUCAAUGAAUUUCAUCCUAAUCUCAAAUUUACAUACGAGUAUUCGCAUAAUAGAGUAAAUUUUCUUGAUGUCGUAGUUGAAAAUGCUGGUGGUAAUUUCAUUACAAGUUUGUUUUGUAAACCUACUGAUUGCCACCAGUAUCUUCAUUAUGAUUCAUCACACCCUGCACAUGUUAAAAGGUCUAUAGUAUAUAGUCAGGGUCUACGCAUCAAGAAGAUUUGCUCAAGAGAGGAAGACGCUGAUAAACAUUUGCAGGAAUUGUCAGGUUGGCUGCAAAAUAGAGCCUACCCAAUGUGGCUUAUUAGGAAAGAAUUUGAGAGGUUGCAAUCUUGUGAUAAAGCAUCUAACAAAAAAAGAAAAAUAGGAGUACCUUUGACAAUUACGUUUCAUCCUCUGUUAAAGGACUUUGGUCUUAUAAUCCGUAAAUAUAUACAUAUAUUAUACUUAGAUCCAGAAGCUCAGAAAGUGUUUUCGCCCGGACCAUUUGUGGCAUUUAAAACUGACCGCAACUUAAAAAGUUAUUUAGUUAGGGCUAAAGUACCGCCGUUAGGGAGGGAAAAGGGGUGUAAGAAAUGUAAGAAAGCACGAUGUUUAACGUGCAAUAAUAUUCGAGAAACCGACAGCUUUGAGUGUUCAACAGAUGGUAAACAGUACAAAGUGAACCAUAGGUUGAAUUGCGACUCGAAAUGUGUGGUUUAUCUUCUUACUUGUAAAGUCUGUAAAAAACAAUAUGUUGGCGAAACAACAGAUAAAUUUAGGUACCGUUGGAAUAAUUAUAAAGCCUGCCACAAAAAGGCAGUUAAUAACGAGGCUUAUACACAAAUGUUUUUCCAUCGACAUUUCUUGGGUAAUGGACAUAAUGGAUUGAUUAGUGAUUGCGAGGUUGUUUUAAUUGAUAAAACUGACCCAGGGGAACCGACCAGACGUGAGGCAUUUUGGAUAAGUAAACUAAAGACAAUGCAUCCUUCGGGAUUGAACAUAGAGAAUGCGUAGCAAUGUUAAUUAUAGUUAACAGGAUAUUGUUAUUUGUAUGGUAAAUCACUUAUAUUCAUAUUAUGCAUAAUUAGCAAAAUUGGGAGGGUAUAAAUUGGGUUCGCCUGUAAAGUAGGAUUAUAGUUGAUGAAGACAAUAAAGUCGAAACGUUACGUUAUGUGUUGAGUUGAUUAAUUUAUAUACCUUUAUGGCUUUUCGCCUAGUGAUUAAUCUAUAUAUAUAUAUAUCUAUAUAUAUAUAUAUAUAUAUAUAUAUAUAUAUAUAUAUAUAUAUAUAUAUAUAUACUAAUUAUAAUCUUAAAAUUUUAUUAAUCGCUACACAGUGUUUCACGCUUUCAAAGUUCAAAGCGAUCUUCAGGCGAUACUACUCGAGAGUAGUAUCGCCUGAAGAUCGCUUUGAAAGCGUGAAACACUGUGUAGCGAUUAAUAAAAUUUUAAGAUUAUAAUUAGUAUAUUUUGCUCUAUCAAUUAAAUUUGUUAUUGAGCACUCUUUUUGUACAACGGACAACGAUUUAUUAUAGAAAAUAUAUAUAUAUAUAUAUAUAUAUAUAUAUAUAAAUAUAUAUAUAUAUAUAUAUAUAUAUAUAUAUAUAUAUAUAUAUAUAUAUAUAUAUAUAUAUAUAUAUAUAUAUAUACCGGGUGGCGCAAAAAAAGUUCACGCGUUUGAUUUAGUACAGCGAAAAAACUAUAAGUGUUACGUUCCUCAAAUAAAUGCAUGUUUUCCUAUCCAGGAAGGCCUAACUUAAAUUUUGAUGUAUAACACAUGUAUCUUUGUUUAGUAUUACCCAAGAUAUUGGUAAAUCAAUUUGGAUAUGCAAUUCCAAAAGGUUGCAAAAUUAGCUGAAAGUAGCCUAUUAAAUACGAGUACAGGAAGUUAACGAUAUAUGAAGAACACAAAGGCAGUAAAUAACGCGUCUAUCCUGGAAAAUUAAAUAACUAUAUUGUUGCACGUGUGACCAUACUAUCGAACGAACGUUGGAUUUAUUUGCUGGUCAAAGUUAUGGCAAUCAGCAAUAAUCGCUUCACGAAGCUGUCUCAAAUUGUCCGGUUGUUGAUCUAAUUUAAUUCCUAUAGCUAUGGGACAUGGAAAUACUGCGAAGCAAUUCUUAAUUAAAAGAGCCAUCUUUUUCGAAAUUUUGUUGCUUUUCAAAUGAUAAUAAAACAAAUAAAUAAAUAAGGAAAAUCAUUCGUUACACGUUUCAAUUCAAAUUAAAUUCAUACAAGCGAAUAUGUUCUCCCCUCCCCCUCCAGACAGCAGCAAUUUCCCCGGUGGGGGAAGUAUGGAUCUUUUCUGGAAUGUCCCAAUGUGAUUUGCAUUUUUUUGUUUAAUCCUUGUUUUUAUUAAAUCCAUUUGAUUGGUUUUUAUUUUGUCAUGUGAUGUUUUAAUAUACAGCUAAUUCAAUUAAGGUUGUCCUUCCUAAAACGUAAACCUUAAACUCUGAGCGUGCAAGGAUGAUGGGUUAUUGCUUAUUUAGACUCAUAAACUUUGAAAUUUGGCUUUGCAAGAAUGCCUAAGAUAUAUAUAAGACUCAUGACAGAAAACGUACUUUCUGCAAAGGCAAUUCUCUGAGUUUUAACUUUUAAGGGCCUAAUAAGUGAAAACCCAUCAUCCUUGCGCGCUCAGAGUUUAAGGUUUAAGGUUUUCGAAGGACAACCUUAAUUGAAUCAGCUGUAUUCACUUGCUAAAGCAUGCUUUCUCCUGACCCCCUACUAAUUCCCGACAAAGGGCCUCGAAACAUCGUUUCGGUAGUGAGUGGAACUUUUACUUGUGUGCCUCAAAAUGUAGUUUUUUGCACUUAAAAUUUUCAAAACGUUAAACAUUAUAAACUGGAAUUUUUCUGAAAUGUAUUUGCACCUGAAGUGUCCAUUAAAACCCAUUGAGCUGCAAUGUGCCCCCUACUUAUUCUUUCUUACCUGUCUAACACCAGACCUUUAACUUGUAAUUAAUGAGGAUUAAGCCCUGCAGCUUAAUGGGACGUUAAAAGUGAUGUUCUUACAAAUUCAUAAUAUAUAGUAUCUUUAUAGUUCGCACCUGCGGUUACUCAGGCUCUUGCAAGCAAGAAGCUGACUGGUGUUAACCGAAAUAAAUUUACCCGAGACAUAUGUUCCAGCAUCAGGAUAUACACCAUGUAUCCAACUAAAGCAGAAAGGCAACAUGUGGCAUUUCUUGUCAUAAAAAACGUAAUAUCCAUUUUUGGAAGAUAGUAUUGGAAUUGUAAGUGCACAAAUGUAUUUACAGUAUGUAGGCAAUUGAAGUAAUAUUCAAUAUUUUUUGCUGUUUUUCAGACUGA